CGCUGCUAACAGCAACUCUCUCUCUUCUUUUCGUCGUCGUCUCCUCUUAGUAUCUCUACAAAAAAAAUCUCCCAACUCCGAAGUCUCACUCAACGGGGUGCCGCCUACUUUCUCAUUGCUUACUGCUUCUCACUCCCUGUUCGAGUCUCUCUUGUUUCUCCAAGUGGUGAAGGGUUUUCAACAAUGGCGAAGUCAAUGAGAUCGAAGAGGGAGAAGAGAUUGAGGACUCUCAGAAGAGAGAUAGUAGAGCCUUUCUAUGAAAAGAAAGAAGAUGCAAAACUUGCUGCUCAAGAAGCAGCUCUAGCCGCUCCGAAGCUGCCUGUACGUCCCAUCAAAAGCAACAGCACUAAGAUGGAAAUCACCGCCAUUUCCAAUGCAAGCAUGGAUAUGGAGAUGGCUGAUGAGGGAGACACAAAUAAUCAGAACUUGGGCUCUUUAAAACCUACUGGGGGUGUAGGGAAGAAGUGGAAAAAGAAAUUGAAGAUGCAUAAAGGCAAGCGUCACGGAAAGGGGAAGAUCAGAAGGAAGAACAUAUAACAAGGAGACUACUGAUGAUGUUUCUUUCCUGUCUUUAUUAAGGAUCUAUUGUAGGAUUUGACAAAGGUUUUACUCACGAAUAUUUCCCUUUGUAAUAUUUAUAGUUUUGAUUUCAGAUGUUCAAAGAGGGUUUUUGAUUUCAGAUGUUCAACGAGUGUUUUGUCCUUGAAAAGAGGAUACUUAAAAUUUCUAUGGUCAAGUAAUCUAAUGAAUUUGGUGCUUUGCAUUA